AUGUUGCAGAAAUGAUUCUCGAGAUCAGGGAUAGGAAACUUCCCCAUAUUUCUAAACUGAUCCAUCGUCGAAUUACCGACACAACUAUACAGGGCAAAGAAAAAUUACCAUGCAUUGCUCGAGCGCCUUAAUGCUAGCUGCUGGAAGCUUCCUGUCCACAGCAUCGGCUCAAAGUGUACCGCAAGCGCUGGAGGAGAACCGCGGUGGUGCAUAUCGCAGUGGGACAGUCAACUAUAUCGACGACUCAGACUUUGACACGGCAUUGCAACGACCGAACGCGACUGGCGCAGUAUCUUUCGUAGGCCGUAACGUCUCGGCCGCUUACCCCGGCAACGACGCCAGUGACUGGUCUCUAAUUCUUAACGUCACGUCCGGUGUCGUCAAGCCCGGUGAAGACAACCGCGAGCUCACCGGCACUGCGCUCUCGAUUCAGCAGCCACCCAGCUUGCCAGGCUCCGGAUCGAACAACGGCACAGAUGGGUUCCAGGUCUGUGUCAACUUGAUGCGGAUCGUGCCGAACGCGACGGUCAACUAUACUCGGCUGGCCGCUGACGACCGGGGGACAUGUGGGAGCUACCUGAGCGAGGAAUGCAUCUCCCAGGUGCGAGAUCUCGCGGCCGCGAACUUCAAGGAGAACGGAACGUGUGCGUUUAUCGACGAGCCUCCGGUGUCCUGUGGGAAUACGACCGUCUACCGUGGCUAUUCGGGACCCGCAUUUGGUCUUCCGGCUCCCUUCUAUCAGCAGGACUGGACUGCAUUUACAUAUGGGUCGGACCCACCCGUCAGCUCGAACAACCGGACCGCAGUCGACUUGGACUACGACGAGCAGGUCAAGGCCGUCUGGCCGGUCCUCCUAACGUGGGGUUACACCAACACGAGCACUCAGUUCAACGAUACUGCACCUGCGACGAGCUUGGCCUGUGUGAGCGCAACGGACUUCACGCAGGGAAGCCGGGUUCCUAAUGCUACAGAAGACGGAUCGGGCAAUGGCACGAACUCGGGCGGGAGAAUGGGUGUAGAUAAGACAUUGAUUGGCAUCACGAUCUUUGCGACGGCGUUUGCAGUUCUGACGUAAUAUACAAGAGAAGGGACUUAUCCAGCUAUGCAAUCAUU